AUGGCUGACCUCGGGGCCAACCCCAACGCCGCGUACGGCGCAGUCUACACGCCGUCCUUCCUCAGUCUGUUCUACGACAAGUAUGUCUUGGGCUUCAACAUGAAGCACAUCUGGAAGUGCUCGACAGAUGACGUCCUCCUCCCCUUCUUCGCCGAGAACUUCUCCCGCAACCACCUCGACUGCGGCGUCGCCACGGGCUGGUUCCCCGCCGCGGCGCUGGCGAGGCCGUUCCGCGCAAACAGCAAGCAGCGCCUCGGGCUGCUGGACCUGACGGCGCCCCCUCUCAAGGCCGCGACGGCCCGCAUCCUGUCGGUGGCCACGAACACGGAGAUCCUCUGCGUCGAGGCCGACGUCACGGGCCCGCCGCCGAAGCAGCUGCUGGGCGAGCGCUUCGACUCCAUAUCCAUGUUCAACCUCUUCCACUGCAUGCCCGGCGGCAAGGUGAAGCUGCGCGCCAUCGGCUCGUACAAGGAGCUCCUGAGCGAGGACGGCGUGCUGACGGGCUGCACCGUGCUGGGCCCCAACGAGUCGACCGGCUGGCUCACCAAGCUCCAGCUCCGGUGGUAUAACAAGUGGUGGGGGGUCUUUAACAACUGGGACGACAACAAGGAGGACAUCCAAGAGGCCCUUGAGCACGAGUUUGAGGAGGUCGAGACGUGGGUCAUUGGCCAGACUAUGCUUUUCCGCGCCACGAAGCCAAGGAAACCCCUGCUGGAUGUUUGA